AUGUCUUCAUUUCCGCAAUUCGGCGAAAAGACUGGUGCUCUUGAAGUCGCCAAAGCGUUCGAGGAGGAAAUUCGGGGGAAGCACGUUCUUAUUACUGGUGCCGCAGUUUCAGGAAUUGGCGGAGCUACAGCUAUGGCCAUUGCGUCCCAGCAUCCCGCUAGCCUGAUCAUCUGUGGCCGCAGUGAGGACAGAUUGAAUAAUAUGGCAUCAAACAUAGGGCAGUCUUACCCCGACGUCCAUGUAAAACCUCUUGUGAUGGAUCUGUCAUCUCAGAAGUCUGUGCGAGAUGCCGCAAAGAAGGUUCUCGAAAACUCGGAGAUAAUCGACCUUCUUAUCAACAAUGCUGGUAUUGCAUUGUCUGAUAAGCGUCUUGCUGGUGAUGGCACGGAACUUCAACUUGCUACCAACCAUAUUGGACAUUUUCUCUUUACCAAUUUGAUUUUGCAAUCAUUGCUUGUGGCCGCGAAAUCAAACCCUGCAGGUUCAACACGUGUGGUGAACCUGACGAGCCUCGGUUAUCUUUUCUCGCCAAUCAGGUUCUCUGAUUAUAAUUUCGACAAGUCAGAUAUCCCGGAAGAGGAACGCCCAAAUCGGGAUUAUAUCAAAGGCUUUGGGCUUCCCCUUGGACCAGAGCCUUUUGGCUCGUGGGAGGCAUAUGGACAAUCGAAAACUGCCAACAUCUUGUUUAGUGUCUAUUUGAAUGAGCACCUUGCAAGACAUGGCAUUUCAUCUUUUUCGGUUCAUCCAGGCUUGGUGCAGACCGAGCUUGGUAGGCACUUGCCUGGCCAAUCAGAGGAUCUCGCAGGUAUACAGAGCGUUUUACAACCAAAGACAUUGGACCAGGGUGCUGCAACGACGUUGGUUGCCGCUUUUGACCCCUCUCUGAAAGCAUCGAGCGGAGUUCUUCUUGCUGACUGCCAGUUAAUUGGGGCUGAAAAAUAUGCCGUUGACCCGAAAGCAGCAGAACGUCUUUGGCAGUUGAGUGAACAGAUUGUUGGACAGAGUUUCAGUAUUUAA